CCGAAGUCGUGCUCUUGAGGAAAGACGGGACGCUGGGGGCCGCCUGUGCUCCUCUGCCCAAAGCGUUGCCCUCCGCCUUUUGCUGGGCCUUUGGCCUUGCCGUCUUCCGGCCCAGCCCGGGGAUGCUGUUGUUUUCUCGUUUGUUUUUAUCGCAUUUACACGUUUUGCAUCCAGUUCCUACAGUUGUGUUUUGUUUUGCGUUAUUCAGGACACCUCCUCGGCAGAAAGUUUCCAGACGGCACAAAUCUAGAGUAGAAAGCGGAGCCCCCUUUUCCUGCUGUCCCCCCGGAGGAGAGCCCCGUUCUCUGCUCUCUGCCGCCCGCUUCUGGCAAUUGCAGGCACUGGGAGAAGGCAGGGCCGCCCUGCCUCUGUCCUUGGCACCCGCGUGGCCAGCGUCUGCGGCCGCUGCACCGCGUCUAGCCAGGGGCCUUUUCAGUCCGAUCGCUUCCUCUUGGGCAUUUACAGUGUUUCCCUGUGGGAGUGACGUGUUUUGGGGGAGUGACGUGACCCCAAAAGGGACACGGCUGCGGAGCCGGACGGACUUCCUUGCCGUAUUCCCCGCGCGGGGUGCUGGUUUGGACGGAUUCUGGGAGGGCCAGUGUCUGGCCGCCAGCGCCCUGGCUGUGCCCCGCGCCGAGAGGGCUCCCCCGAGUCGAGUGAGGGCAGGAGGCCACACGUCACUGCCCGGAUUACUGCCCAAGUCCCCUUGCGUCUGACUCGUGGUCUCUGUUGACACGGUCACGGCAGCAGGGCACACGCGUGGCCACACACCUGGUGUGGAGUCCGCCAACCACUCUUUUGUGGCACGUCUCCUUAGUUCUGGUGUUGCACAUUGGCAACUGCCGCUGGGUCGUGUCCCGGGUCCCCGUGGCUCUGACAGGACCACCCCAAGGUGGAGCCAAGUCACUUGUGAGCCCACAGACCUUGAGGUCAGGACUCAUUCAGUAUGAUGGAUGGUCUCCCGGCCCCUAGGAGGGCAGGGUGGGUGGGGGCCCACAUGUCUGGUCUGUCUUCCCUGGGGAUGGCCCUGCUGAGGGGACAGGCCCCCCGCUGUCUGCCCUGUGCCCCACCACGGCCCCUGACAUGCAGACCCCAAAGGCAGCUGGGAUGCCUCCCCCAGGGUGUCAGCGGCCCAGCAAGACACAGAAGCCUUUUCAUGAUCAGGAGCUGGGGGGUGGGGGGGUCCCUGCUCACAAAUGGCUUUUUAUAGCUGCCCCAUCAGACGUUCCCUGGUGCUCCCAGGGAGCAGCCUGGCCCAUCCGGGGGCCCAGCCCAGCUGUUUCCUACUCUGAACCACUGGUCAUUGUGCCUGCCUUGGGACCCCCCCGACCCCUGCCCUGCUCCCCACACCCCAUCUCUCAGUAGGGGCAUCCAGAAGAGGCCCAUCUCUGUCCCUAUUUUCCAAAAAUAGCCAUCCCUGCCACAGAGCUCCCGGAAGCUUCCCCGGGAGGCCAGUCUGUGUCCCAGGACCUGUCCUCCACCACCCUCCUCCUCCCAGGACGGCCGCAGCUCCACUCCAAGGCUAUGUGGACUCUGGGGGGGUGGGGAUGGGGGAAUCAGGCAGCUCGGGGCCCCAGGGCAGCAGCCACCACAUGGGCUCCACGCUGGGGAUGCCAACCAGGCUGUUCCCGCCAAUCCUGGAUGCUGGCCUGGGCCCCAUUCGGCAGAGCUGGCCAGGCCUCCCUCCUUGGCUCUAGCAAGUGGUCCCUCUCAGCCCCAGACGGGGCCUCGGGUUCUCAAGUUGUCCCCAGUGGGGCCAAGGCACCUGGGGUGGGGGCUGUAGGGGGCACAAACUCUCUGGUGCUGUCCUCGGGUCAGCCCUGACCACCUGGUGCUGUCUCCCCAGAGAGCGGCCGCCUGAGGCUGGCGGUGCUUCCUGAGGACCGGCUGCAGAUGAAGUGGUCGGAGUCGGAGGGGAGCAGCCUUGGCUACCUGGUGCAGGUGAAGCCCAUGGCAGGGGACGCGGAGCAGGACGUGAUGCUGACCACGAAGGCCCCCAAGGCCACGGUGGGGGGCCUGAGCCCCUCCAAGGGCUACACCGCACAGAUCUUCCGGCUUACUGGCUCAGGGACCACCCUGCUGGCGCAGAGGGAGUUUGUGAUAGAGGAGCUGAAGAGGCCCCUGGGGACAGCCCCGGAGCCCACGCCCUCCCACGUGGGGAGCCCAGCCCGAGAGCCCCCAGUCGCCUCGUCCCCGAGCCAAGACCUGCCCACUCUUGGCGGCUCCCAGUGGGAUGAGGGACUGCUCGGUGAGGAGCAGCGCCCGCCCAGGGGCCCCGGGGGCAAGGCCCCUUCUCAGCCCACCAAAGACCUGGAGAGGCAGAGCCACCCCAGGGCCCCCGAGGGAAAGACCGAGAAGCCAGCCAGCCCCCAGUUCCGCUGCACACCCCCUGCGCCUGUGGACAUGAUCUUGCUGGUGGACGGGUCCUGGAGUAUCGGCCACAGCCACUUCCAGCAGGUCAAAGAUUUCCUGGCCAGCGUCAUCGAGCCCUUUGACAUCGGGCCGGAUAAAGUCCAAGUCGGCCUGACUCAGUACAGUGGAGACCCCCAGACUGAGUGGGAUCUCAGCACCUUCGGCGCCAAGGAGGACGUGCUGGCCGCUGUCCGCAGCCUCCGCUACAAAGGGGGAAACACGUUCACAGGCCUGGCCCUGUCACAUGUGCUGGAGCAGAACCUGCGGCCGGGGGCGGGGCCCCGUCCAGAGGCGGCCACGGUGGUGAUUCUGGUGACGGACGGCAAGUCCCAAGAUGAUGCCCGUGCCGCUGGCCGUGCCCUCAAGGACCUGGGUGUUGACAUCUUUGCUGUGGGCGUGAAGAACGCGGACGAGGCCGAGUUACAGCUCCUGGCGUCCCGGCCGCUGGACAUCACCGUCCACAAUGUGCAGGACUUUCCCCAGCUGGGCACCUUGGCCGGCUUGCUCAGCCGCCUCAUCUGCCAGAAGGUCCAGGGCCGGAGCAGGGCCCCGGUUACAUCGACAGCGGGCAGCCCCUCCUCCCCGGACACGCUCUUCACUCCCACCAGCCUGGUCGUGACCCAGGUGACCUCCUCCAGCGUCCACCUGUCCUGGACUCCAGCCCCCCGGCUGCCCCUCAAGUAUCGGAUCGUGGGGCAGCCUUCCAGGGGUGGCGCCCCCAGGGAGGUUGUGGUGGAGGGGCUGGCCUCGUCCACGGAGCUUCACAACCUGACGGCCGGCACGCAGUACUUGGUGUCUGUGCUCCCUGUCCUCCGGGCUGGGUUCGGAGAGGGCCUGAGGCGCCUCGUGACCACAGCACCUCUGCCUCCGCCCCAGGCGCUGGCCCUGGCCGCAGUGACACCCAGGACCAUCCGCCUCACCUGGCAGCCGUCGGCCGGGGCCACACGGUACCUGGUGCGGUGCCUGUCGGCCUCCGCCAAGGGCCAAGAGGAGGGGAGAGAGGUUCGGGUGGGGCAGCCUGAGGUGCUGCUGGACGGCCUGGAGCCCGGCAGGGACUAUGAUGUCUGGGUACGGAGCCUGCGAGGGGCCGAGGCCAGCGAGGCUCGGGGCAUCCGCGCCAGGACCUCCACCCUCGCGCCCCCCGGACACCUCAGUUUCUCGGAUGUGAGUCACGACUCAGCCCGUGUUUCCUGGGAGGGCGUCUCGAAGCCCGUGCGUCUGUUCAGGAUCAGCUUUGCCUCCAGUGACGGCAGCCAUUCAGGGGAGGUGGAGGCUCCCGGCAACGCCACCUCGGCCACCGUGGGCCCUCUGUCCUCCUCCACUGCGUAUUCUGUCCGCGUCACCUGCCUCUACCCCGGGGGCAGUUCCUCCGUGCUGACCGGCCGCCUGACUACGCGGAAAGUCCCCAGCCCGAGCCAGCUCUCGGUGACAGAGCUCCCUGGGGACGAGGUUCGACUGGAGUGGACGGCCGCAGCGGCUUCCGGCGUCCUUGUGUACCAGAUCAAGUGGACGCCCCUGGGAGACGGGAAGGCCCACGAGAUCUCUGUCCCAGGGCACCGGGACGUGGCAGUCCUGCCUGGCCUGCAAAGCCACUUGGAGUAUGAGAUCACCAUCCUGGCCUACUACAGGGAUGGGGCCCGCAGUGACCCGGUGUCCCUCCGCUACACCCCCCCGCACCGGAGCCCGCCCUCUGACCUGGCCCUGGCGUCCAAGUCACCCGACAGCCUGCAAGUCAGCUGGACACCUCCGAGCGGCCACGUCCUCCACUACCGGCUCACCUACGUGCCAGCCUCGGGCUCGGGGCCCGAGAAGUCGAUCUCUGUUCCAGGACUCAGCAAUCACGUGACGCUCCCCAACCUGCUGGCGGCCAGCAAGUACAGGGUCCUGGUCUCCGCGGUCUAUGGAGCGGGGGAGAGCAGGACUGUGUCUGCCAUAGGCCACACGGCAGCCUGCCCCGCCCUCAGCCCAGAUGGCUCCCUCUCAGGCUUUGACCUCAUGGCGGCCUUUGGUCUGGUGGAAACGGAGUAUGCGUCCAUCCGCGGCGUCGCCAUGGAGCCCUCGGCAUUCGGCCGCGCCAGGACCUUCACACUCUUCAAGGAUGCCCAGCUGACGCGCCGGGCCAGCCCUCAGCAUGCCCUGGGAGCCCCAGCACUGGCACAGAACCCCUCUGAGCACUCCCCUCCCAACAAGCUCAGUGACGUCCACCUGGCCGCCCUCCCACCGGAGCACACGGUUGUCUUCCUCCUGCGUCUGCUGCCCGAGACACCCCGCGAGACCUUUGCGCUGUGGCAGAUGACGGCCGAGCACUCCCAGCCCGUCCUGGGGGUCUUGCUGGACGCCGGCAGGAAGUCUCUGACCUACUUCAACCACGACCCCAGGGCCACCUUGCAAGAGGUCACCUUUGACCUGCCCGAAGUGAGGAGGAUAUUCUUUGGAAGCUUCCACAAGGUGCAUGUGGCUGUGGGCCGCUCCAAGGUCAGGCUCUAUGUGGACUGCCGGAAGGUGGCUGAGAGGCCCAUGGGGGAGGCAGGCAGCCCACCUGUUACUGGCUUCGUCAUGCUGGGACGGUUGGCCAAGGCCCGCGGGCCCCGGAGCAGUUCAGCCACCUUCCAGCUCCAGACGCUGCAGAUCGUGUGCAAUGACUCCUGGGCGGAGGAAGACAUGUGCUGUGAGCUCCCUGCGUCGAAGGAUGGAGAGACCUGCCCUGCCUUCUCUUCCUCUUGUACCUGUUCCUCACAGACCCCUGGGCCCCCGGGGCCCCAGGGACCUCCGGGCCUCCCCGGAAGGAACGGAGUCCCAGGAGAACAGGGCUUCCCAGGCCCCAGGGGAGAGCCCGGGCCACCUGGACAGACGGGGCCUGAGGGUCCUGGGGGUCAGCAGGGGUCGCCAGGGACCCAGGGCCGAACCGUGCAGGGGCCUGUGGGUCCGCCAGGGGUCAAAGGAGAGAAGGGGGACCACGGAGCCCCGGGCUUGCAGGGCCAUCCUGGUCACCAGGGCCCUCCCGGGAAGGUCGGCCUCCAGGGACCUAAGGGAAUGAGGGGUCUGGAGGGGAGUGCUGGCCUGCCUGGACCUCCGGGCCCGAGGGGCUUCCAGGGCACAGCGGGGGCCAGGGGCUCCGGAGGGCAGAGAGGACUCCCGGGGCCUGUGGGGCUCACGGGGCUGCCGGGGCCCAAAGGGGAGCGAGGAGAGAAGGGGGAGCCGCAGUCCCUGGCCACCAUGUACCAGCUCGUGAACCAGGCCUGCGAGUCUGCCAUCCAGACUCACGUGCUGAAGUUCCACCAUGAGAGCGCCAGGCCCCCCAGGCCCAUCUUGCAGGCCCUCGGACACCCCAGCUCUCACGGUGAGGCCUGGCUCCCUGGAAGAGGAGGACGAGACGGCCCCCGCCCUGAGGACGGAGGUGAGCCCGGAGCCCUUGGUCAGAGGAGCAGCCCUUGGCUGAAAGGGAGUGAGCCUCCAGGACCCCUGGGGGGAACGGGACGGCCCCCGUGCUGCCCGGAGUGACCCUGCCCCUCCCUGGACCCUGCAGGAGGAGCCUGGAAAGCGAGUCCCGGGAGGGGCCUGGAGGCAGAAGGUGGGGGUGGGGGGCCUUCCCUCUGUACUGUUUCCACACUCAGAUAAAGUGCAGCGUGCUCAGCAA